GAAACUCUUUUACAGUCAUCGGCCGUAAAAAUUGCUCGCCCGACGGCCUCCGGAGCUUUCACAGUUUCACUGCACUGGCAGUACCCGAUCUCGCUCGCUGGCUCUCUCUCUCUCUCUCAACCCAAAUACGGGAUCCGGCCCCCUCAAUGUACGCCCAACAGAUCCCAAUCCUCUCUCCCUGUCUAAGAUUUGCUCUCUCUAGUCUCUAAAACGUACUCCAUUUCCACACGCAUGAUCUGAAUUCCUCUUCCUAGUUUCUAACCGCAUGAGGCGGCAGCAGCAGCAGCAGCAGAAGAAGAAGAGCCGGAGCCUACUCCGCACGAACCAUGACGAAGAAGAAGAGGCCCUCACUCCCGCCACAGCUCUCCUCCCUCCGCCGCUUCCUCUCCUCCGUUCGUAACCUCCUCAUCCUUCUCUCUUUCUCUCUCUCCCUCCUCGCUCUACUCUGCCUCCACCGCUCUCUUUCUCUCUCUUCCUUUUCGGUCUCUCGCGGAUCUCGAACUUCGACUAGCGACCUCCGAGGACCCCCCAAGGUCGCAUUUCUCUUCCUCGCCCGUCGGAAUCUACCCCUCGACUUCCUCUGGGGCAACUUCUUCGAGAAGGUUGAUGUGGCUAAUUUCGCGAUAUAUGUACACUCGGAGCCUGGUUUCGUGUUCGACGAAUCGAGUACGAGGUCGGUCUUCUUCUUUAAUCGGCAGUUAACUAAUUCUAUAAAGGUGGAGUGGGGAGAAGCGAGUAUGAUUCAAGCUGAGAGGUUGUUGCUCUGCGCAGCUCUUAAGGAUCCGGCGAAUCAGAGAUUUGUUCUUUUAUCGGAUAGCUGUGUUCCGUUGUACGACUUCAGCUAUAUAUACAAUUAUCUCAUGGCUUCUCCUAGGAGUUUUCUUGACAGCUUUCUUGAUAAAAAGGAAGGACGCUACAACCCUAAGAUGUUACCGGUUAUACCAAGAAACAAAUGGCGAAAAGGAUCACAGUGGAUUUCUUUAGUUCGGAGCCAUGCAGAAGUUGUUGUAGAUGAUGAGGUCAUCUUUCCCAUCUUCGAGAAGUUCUGCAAGAGGCGUCCACCCAUAAAUGCCAGGAUGGGAAAGAAGAAUAUUAAACUUCAGAGGCUGCACAACUGUAUCCCAGAUGAACACUAUGUUCAGACGCUAUUUGCAAUGGGUGAUAUCGAAGGAGAACUUGAACGACGAACGGUAACCUACACCUUGUGGAAUCAAUCUACAACAAAGAUGGAAACAAAAGGCUGGCAUCCUAUUACAUUUAGCUAUGCAAAUGCAGGCCCUCAACAGAUCAAAAGAAUAAAGGAUAUAAACCAUGUAUACUAUGGGACGGAGUACCGGACUAAUUGGUGCAGUUGUAAUUCUACACUUGUUCCCUGUUUCUUAUUUGCGAGGAAGUUCUCUCAAGGAGCUGCCAUGCGUCUUCUGAGCCAUCUGCAUUAUUAGAGACGCCACCGUGAUUUUCCUUGCACACUUUUGAGGUUCCAUAUUUUAACAGUUUAUCUAACCAAUGAAUUACCUUCCUAGUAUAGAAUUUGGCAGGCGUGAAGCCGCUGACACACAUACACACACAGGGAUAGAUAGUCAUCUAGAGAAUCUAGAGAAAAAGAAUUGGCCAGGAGAGGGCCCUUGACAAUUUACAUGUUUGUUAUAUACACUGUAGAAAAUUUCGGGAUAGUUUAUUUGAACUGAAAAACUUCUUGUUCAAACAUGAACUCUGGAAAUUUUUUGGGAGAUUCUUUUGA